GGUGUCACCAGCGGAAGCGAUCGUGUUGUUUUUGUGAAGCUAAAAGGCGCCGAGAAUCUGAGCGGAUUUAUGCUUACCUCGUAUUUAACUGAAUAUAGACCCUAAAGACCCCAAAGACCCCCAAGACCAGACCAUCCUCCGGCUUCAAACUGCAGUCAGCUGUUUGCAUAGAUUAUAUUCAGCUCUUUAAAGCUCUGAUGCCGAAGGACCGUUAGCCAUUAGCACGUGUUGUUGUUUUUUGUUUGUUGGUUAGUUGUUGUUGUUGUUGUUGUGAUGGCGGCUGGAGGCAACUCGACUAACACUAGUGUUGGAGAUGUUGAAGAAGACGCCUCACAGCUGCUGUUUCCUAAAGAGUUCGAGAGCUCGGAGACGCUGCUGAACUCGGAGGUGCACAUGCUGCUGGAGCACAGGAAGCAGCAGAACGAGAGCGCCGAGGACGAGCAGGAGCUGUCCGAGGUGUUCAUGAAGACCCUGAACUACACAGCCCGCUUCAGCCGCUUCAAAAACCGCGAGACCAUCACCGCCGUCCGCAGUCUGCUGCUGCAGAAGAAGCUGCAUAAGUUUGAGUUGGCCAGUUUAGCUAAUCUGUGCCCGGAGGCUGCAGAGGAGGCCAAAGCCCUGAUCCCCAGCCUGGAGGGUCGCUUUGAGGACGAGGAGCUGCAGCAGAUCCUGGACGACAUCCAGACCAAGAGGAGCUUCCAGUACUGACCGACCCCCCCCCCCCCCCCCUUAUUUUAUUAUUAUUGUAACCCAGGACGACUGGACUGGUCCCAUGUGAUCUGAUGACAUCACACAGGAGUCACAAUAAACUUUAUUUAGUCUUUUUUUA